CAACCGAUUCAAUUCGAGACCGCCAACAGCCAGCCAGCUAAAACAAAAACUCCUGAGAAGUGAGCGAAAUCAUGGACCUAUUGAAGAGUAGUGCCAACUGGGGCGAAUCUGAAAUCGCCAAGUUCUAUGCCAACAAAACCAUUUUAAUUACCGGAGCCACAGGAUUUAUGGGCAAGGUCCUCGUGGAGAAGCUACUUCGCAGCUGCGGAGAUCUAAAUAUCAUUUACUUACUAAUCCGCACCAAAAAGGGAAUCGAUCCAAGUGUUCGCAAGGAGCAGUACUUCAAGUGUGUGAUCUUUAGCAAGCUACUGGAGAAGAAUCCCGAGAUCGUGGACAAGGUGCGAGUGGUUAAGGGCGAUCUGCUGGAGCCGGACCUUGGCUUGAGCGCCAAUGACACCAACACACUCGCUUCCAACGUCGAGGUGGUGUUCCACUGUGCCGCCAAUGUGCGCUUCGACCAGCCGCUGCGGCCAAUGGUCAUGAUGAACGUGGUGGGCACCCUCAAAGUGCUCCGUCUGGCCGAGAAGAUGCGUCACCUGCAGGCCCUCGUCCAUGUGUCUACCUCCUACUGCCAGUGCAACGAAAGCGUGCUGGAGGAACGUGCCUAUCCAGCGCCACAGAAUCCCUACUCCAUCAUCGAAAUGGUCGAGACAAUGGAUGAUGCAGCUCUGGCGGAGAUUACCCCCAAAUUACUAAACGGCUUGCCAAACACGUACGCUUACAGCAAGGCACUGUCGGAAGAUUUAAUUUGCAGAUACAACAAUAAGCUGCCCAUAAUCAUCACAAGGCCCUCGAUCGUGACGGCGGCCAUCCACGAACCGCUGCCCGGCUGGAUCGAGGGGGUGAACGGGCCCACCGGUCUGAUGAUCGGAGCGGCCCGCGGCGUUAUCCGUUCUAUGCACUGCAACCCGAACUAUGCAUCCACGGUGAUUCCGGUGGACAAGGCCAUCAAUGGCAUGAUCCUUUGCGGCUAUCAGCGCGGAAAGGCCAGCCAGGAGAAGGGAGACAAGCAGAGCGGCGUGGAGUUCUGCAAUCUGUGCAUCUCCAGCAAGGCUUUGAUGUCCUGGGGCGAUAGCAUUGAGACAGGACGUCGCUUCUUCUACGAAACACCACUGAGCUUCGCUCUGUGGUACCCAGGAGGAUCGAUCAAGAAGAACUACUACCAUCACAUGUUCUGCGUUAUAUUCUUCCACUAUCUUCCCGCCUAUUUCAUUGACUUUUGGCUACUGAUCUUUGGCCAGAAGCCAUUCUUGCUGAACGUGCAACGAAAGGUAUCGAUGGGACUAAAGCUUCUACAGUACUACACAACUAAGGAGUGGGAAUUCCGAAACGAGCGAUUCCAGGAAAUGAGCAGCCAGCUAAAUCGCAUAGACCAGGACCUGUUUGACACUUCGGUGGGGCAGGUCAACUGGGAGACGUAUAUCAGCAACUACAUCGUCGGUAUGCGGACCUACAUUCUGGGCGAGAGCGAUGCCACCCUGCCCCAUGCUCGCAAAGUUCUACGUCGCCUCUACAUCCUCGACUGGGUCAGCAAGGUGCUCUUCUGGACUUUAUCCUUUUGGUUUUUGUGGACUCACUUGGAUGGUUUUGUGGAGCGUAGCGACGCCUUCAUACGUUCCUCACUGAGCAAUAUAUACCACGACCAAAACAGCACUCUACUUGCCUAAGUUCUUGUAUAAUUGUAUUCUAUUACUUCAAAUAUAGUCCACAAGAUUUUUAUAUUUUUAAGUUUACAUGAAA